CAUCAAGCUGGCUCCAUAACAUGACUCAUUAACCUCUGGGUAAAAGCAGCCCACGCCCCCCUUCACCCUGAGGACGCACAGCGGCUGCACGAAGCCCUGCCCUCCUCGCGCUGGCUCCGCUGAGAUGUGAGCAGCUGCAGGAAGAGGAGGCUGACCACACUUUUCUCUGUUCACCACUUGAGCACAGACAGCAGCCAGAUCAAGCACAGCCGAAAGAGGAAGACUGCACACAAUUCCGUUUCUACUUGGACCUAAUGAAGGUAAUUAACAGUCAGACAACAGCAGGAAACUCAGAACAAGAGGAAGCUUUGGACAGUUUCUGCUCUGUCCUACAGUUCAGACUGGAGGGAACAGGCUGGACUCAACAGACCGACAAGCUGCGCUGGGCGAGUUCCUCUUUGGAUAUAAUAAGAGAAGCUCCGUUCACUUUCAUCACCUUAGUUUAGCUUGAAACGCGGAGCUGAGCUUAUCAGGAUAUUUGCUUGGUUCAAUGCGCGCGUCACACUAACUAACGACUCUGACUGGACGAGCCCAGAACCUUGCCACGUCCCACCCAGAGGAUCCCAGAGGCGUCAUGUCGGGAGCGUCCUCCACCCUCCAGACUCCUGUCGCCUCCUUUGCCCUGAUCAACUCCAGCCUCGGCGCUCUGAACCGGACGGCGGGCGAUCGGUGUGUGGACUACGACGCGCUGCAGACGCCGCUGGCUGUGCUCUACUCUAUAAUCUUCAUUCUGGGUCUGGUUGGGAACCUGGUGGCUCUGUGGGUUUUCCUCUGCGUUCACUCCAAGAAGAACUCGGUGCGGGUUUUCCUCAUCAACGCGGCUUUGGCAGACCUGCUGCUGGUGGUGUGUCUGCCGUUCAGGAUUCUCUACCACAGCCAGGGAAACAGCUGGAGCCUGGGUCCCACCGUGUGUAAAGUGGUGGGAAACCUCUUCUACAUGAACAUGUACAUUAGUGUGGUGCUGCUGGGGCUCAUCAGCGUGGAUCGCUACCUGAAGAUCGACCGCAGCUCGGCGAUGCAGCACAAGCUGUUCUCCACCAAGUGGAGCUCGGUGAUCUGUGCCGUCCUCUGGGUCCUGUCCUUUUUCCUCAUUCUGUCUCUGUUGGUGGCAAAGAACCCCCCAGAUUCCAACAGAUGCUUCCAAUACAAGCAGCUCCAAGACAACAAGUGGAAAGCCUACAUCAACAUCUUUGUGGUGGUCGUCUUCUGGCUUGUCUUCGUGGCUCUGGUGGUCUCUUAUGGGAAGAUCGCCCUCAAGCUUCUGAGAACAUCCCAGGAAAAGCCGGACCUGCCCAACGCGGCCCACUACACGCGAACCGCCAAGAAGUCCUUCUUCAUCCUCUUCGUCUUCACCGUCUCCUUCGUGCCCUAUCACAUGGUCCGGGUGUUCUACAUUAAGACACAGAUCACAGAGGCUCCGUGCAGCUGGCAGAAGGUGGCCGACGUAGCCAACGAGGUGGCCCUGGUCUUCUCUGCCUUCAACAGCUGCCUGGACCCAGUCAUGUACUUCCUGUUGUCCUCUUCGUUGAGGAAGGAGGUGCUGCGCUUGGUGAGCCACAUAUGUAGCGUGCAGGAUGUUGCUGGAGUCAGUGGAAGCAGCUCCACCGACAGAGAACAGGUGACUGCUGGUUUCAAGAAGGCCGCCGCAGAUCCUGAAUCAGGCCUGAUGAAAGCAGAACCAAGCUGCUACCGGACGAGGCUGCAGACGAGCUGAGCCUGCAUCUCAAACGCUCAACUCAACCAUUAGGGGCUCACGGGAAACAGGGACUAUGGAUGACAUUAUAGAACUCCAUCUGCUGACAUUCAGCCUGUAACGCAGGGUGUGGACCCUACAGGUACAGUCAGAGCAGGUACGUUUCAUCAUCUACUGUAUGUGAGGAAAGCUAGGACGGAGUACAAAUGUGAUCUUCUAACUGGGCAGUGAGUGUCACACAGUAAACGGGCUGUUCCUCUUGUACGGUGAUGUCAUGCCAACACGGAGCAGGCUGGACGUCGCUGUGUCAGCUGCUGUCGACACCAAAGGGCAAUAAAAUCAGUGUUGGACCCAAUGAUUAGUAGAGUCGCUGUCGCUACACCGACUAAGAAGGAAACUGCUGAACAUCACAACCUAAACAUGGAGAGUGUAUGUGUGUGUGUGUGUCUCAUUUACCUGCUUAUAUAGUUCAUUACUGAAUCUAAAUAAAUGCUUUAAAUGACGCCCAAUCAA